GUUUCAAAAAAUUUCAAGCAGAUUCUACCAAUUUCUCUGAUCUUCUUCUGCUUCUUCUUCCGACGAUAGCUUCAGCGUCAGAUCAAAGCUUCAGUUCUGGAAAUUCUCCGAGAAAUCUCCCGUUUCAGGCAGCAGCAUUUCAGUAUGUCGAAUGUUCAAAACGACCCCCUUCUUCAAGUGGAAACUACAUGUGGAUCACUGCUAUAUGAGCUCCAGAUCAUUUGGGAUGAAGUCGGAGAAACAGAAACUGAAAAGGAUAAGAUGCUGCUUGAGCUUGAACGUGAAUGCUUGGAAGUGUACAGAAGAAAGGUUGACCAGGCGAAUCGCUGUAGAGCUCAGUUAAGGCAAGCGAUUGCCGACUCUGAAGCACAGCUAGCAACAAUCUGUUCCGCCAUGGGGGAGCGCCCUGUGCACAUUAGGCAGUCUGAUCAAAAUGCUGGAAGCUUGAAAGAAGAACUCGGGAUGAUUUUACCACAGCUGGAAGAGAUGCAAAAGAGGAAAUCUGAAAGAAGAAAUCAAUUCGUGGAGGUCCUAGAGCAGAUAGACAAGAUUUCAAAUGAGAUAAAUGGUCAACUGGAACAUCUUUCUUCUGAGGCACUUAUUGAUGAGACUGAUUUGUCUCUGAGAAAGCUUGAAGAGUUACAUGUUCAACUAUGUAUUCUUCAGAAGGAGAAGAGUGAUCGGUUGGAGAAGAUUCAGGAGCAUUUGGGUACUUUGUACUCUCUUUGCUCAGUGCUCGGAAUGGACUUCAAACAGAUUGUUGGCCAAGUGGAUCGCACAUUAUCUGAUCCAGAAGGACCAAGGAGCAUAAAUAACCAUACAAUCGAACAAUUGGGCACUGCAGUCCAAAAACUGCAGGAAAUUAAAAUACAAAGAAUGCAGAGGCUUCAAGAUCUUGCAUCUGCAAUGUUGGAACUCUGGAAUUUGAUGGACACACCUAUAGAGGAGCAGCAAGAGUUUCAGCAUGUUACCUGUAACAUAGCUGCUUCAGAACAUGAAAUAACUGAACCCAACAGUCUGUCAGAAGACUUCCUUAAAUAUGUUGAGACAGAAGUUGCGCGGUUGGAUGAGGUGAAGUCCAGCAAAAUGAAAGAACUUGUUCUGAAGAAGAGGUCAGAGCUGGAGGAAAUAUGUAGGAAAACUCACCUGGUGCCAGUGUCGGACAGUGCAAUGGAUCAUACCAUUGAGGCAAUAGAAUCUGGAGUUCUUGAUGCUACAACGGUUUUGGAGCAAAUUGAGCUACAGAUUUCUAAGAUCAAAGAGGAAUCCUUAAGCCGGAAAGAGGUACUUGAAAAGGUUGAGAAAUGGUUAGCUGCAUGUGAUGAGGAAAGCUGGCUUGAAGAGUACAACAGGGAUGAUAACAGAUACAAUGCUGGAAGAGGAGCUCAUCUUGCUCUCAAGCGCGCUGAGAAAGCUCGUAACCUCGUUAACAAACUUCCAGGAAUGGUUGAGGCAUUGGCCUCGAAGACUAUAGUGUGGGAACAAGAGAAAGGAAUCGAGUUUCUUUACGAUGGAAUUCGGCUCCUUUCUAUGCUUGAGGAGUAUACCAUACUGCGUCAGGAGAAAGAAGAAGAACGCCGUAGGCAGCGGGAUCAGAAGAAGCUACAAGGACAACUCAUAGCAGAACAGGAGGCUCUUUAUGGGUCAAAGCCUAGCCCCUCGAAACCCUUGGGCAAAAAGGCUCCUAGAAUGUCAACUGGUGGAGCAACCAACCGAAGACUUUCCGUUGGAGGAGGAAUGAUUCAGACACCUAAACCUAACAAGAAAUCUGACCAGAUCCUUGAGAGAAACCAUGUUAAUAAUCAUCGUCAGAUUGAUGGCGUCGCAGCUUUAUCAUCGGGAAGGAGAGGUCUGGACAUUGCGGGAAUUCCCACGAGAAAACUGUCCAUAAACUCGUAUGAUCAGCUUCAAUCCCCGCUAGUUCGGAAGCCUUUCUCGCCAAUCUCAACUGCAGUGGCAUCCAAAGCUAACAUAACAGCACCUCCAAACCCGAAAAUCAACAGAGAGCCGCCGUUACAGAAGACUCUGAUUCCUCCCACGAACGAUAACACGCCAUUCACAACUCCUCUAAAGAACAGCAGCAAGACACUCUUGGAAGAAGAGAAACAUACACCAAAGAAUGUUCCUGUAAUCCCUGUCCCAUGUACACCUGCAACUGUCUCUGUCCCAAUGCAAACUGCUGUAACUCCUGCUCCAAUUCCACUCCAUGCCUCGACACCAUUCCCCGCAAGAUUGGGUGAAGAGCCCGAGGAAGUAGAGUACUCCUUCGAGGAAAGAAGGCUCGGGUUUGUGGUUCAGAGAACAAUGGCUGAUCCAGUUGUCCAAGUUUGAUCUCUUGCAUCAAAGGCGGAGGAAGAAAGAAGCUCACAUAAAGAGUGUUGUUGACUUGUACUUGGCUUAUGUUUUGUUUCAUUUUGCUUUGUUCUUUGCAAGUCUGGGUGGAUAGGUCAAUUAGGUGAUUGGCUUUUUCCUUCCCAAGGCCUUCAUUGUAUGUUCUUAGGGCUCAUGCUUUGGAAAUUCAUACACAUCCCAUACAACAAAAUGGACUCUUCUAUGGACUUUUGGUGUAUGCUAAUACAAAAAUUCAGAUAA